AUGGGGAAGAAAUAUUAUUGUGAUUAUUGUGAUAUUUCAUUUAUUGAUAAUUCGGAAUCAAGAAAAAAACAUCUUGAAGGAAUAAAACAUCAAAAUAAUGUGAAAAUACAUUAUGAUUAUUAUAAAGGUAGUGACGAUCCUGUGGAGUUAUUGAUUGAGAAUAGUAAGAGACCACAGUGUAAAAAAUUUAAUGAAUCAAGAUUUUGUCAAUUUGGAUUAAGUUGUAAAUAUUCACAUUUGCCAUAUGGAAUUGAUUUUAAUAUCAUAGAUCCAAACGCACAAAAUCCCCAUCUUUUACAACAAUAUUAUGAAAAUAAUAAUAAUCAAAAUCAGAAUGAUAAAUUAAGUUUUAAAAAAAAUACGAAAAAGAAAAGUUCGAAUAAAUUAAUGGAAAAUAAACUUCCAUCUGGUCUACCAAAAAAUUUACCGCCUUCCUUAAAGCCACCACCAAAAUCAGGUUAUAACUUUAGUAAUUGUGCACAAUGGGGUUAA